UUUGUUGCAGUUUUAGCUACAAACACCGAACAGGAGUUAUGUACAUUGGAGGAGUUUCAUCGUUGUUUGAAUUCUUUGCAAUCAGUGACUGCGAAUAAUGAUUUGGCCUUUGCUUCAACUAGACAAGAAUUGUUGGAUGUUUGUAGAGACCUUCAGGAGAGUGUAUUAUGUGUGGAUGAUCAUAUGAAACUUUGUUUCACCCCUGUACAAAGAAAAGUCUUUAAUCAAGUAGUGGCAGGUGCUCGACAGGUGAUUGAAGAACUUUGUGUCGAUGGGCCGAUUCAACAGUGUAAGGAUGUUUUUUUUCUCUCUUUCCUAUACAAAGUAGAACAUUUUGGUGGAGUAGAAAAAUCAUCUUGGGGAUUAUUUCCAUAA